AUGCCGCUGGUCGAAUUGGCGACGGUGCGCCUACACCCGUCGUUGACUUCCGACCUACCCGACUCCUUCACGGCAACGUGGACUCGAGCCUGCGCCCUCGCUACGUCUGCAGCAAACGGAAUUCCUUUCCAAAUUUACCACUCCACAGCCCCGUCAAGCAAGGACGUGUACUAUCUUGUCGGCGGCUGGCAGAGCGGAGACGAUCACAUUGCCUUCCUCUCGACCCCCGACGCGGUCAUUCUUGCCAAGAGUAUUGGCGAAUACAUGACCGCGGAGCUUGUGCAGCAUAUUGAUGGAGACAUUAGGGUCUUGAACGGGGGGGAUGGAGAGAGGCCUAAGAGACUGACGGUCACAACAUAUAAAGUUCCAGAAUCAAUGGCCGAUAAUUGGGCAUUGAAGUGGAACAACAGCCGACUUGCAGGUGCUGGAGCUGGCGGAUGGGAUAUGAGUGUUUCGGUGCAGAAACAACACAAAGCCUUCAAACAGAUGGGUGAGGCGACGAAUAGUGUUGCUGCAUUCGGCGGGAAAGAAGAGGGUGGCAGCAAAACCUGGGUAUGGCUCGAGGGCAGUGGCAAGGGGUUUGGACAAACUGAAAGACCUGAGCUCCCUUUCGAGGGAUUUGACGCAGUUCAUGCCGAAGCGUUUGAGAUGGAGCAUGUAUUGGGAUAG